AUGUCAUCAAAAAGGAGAAUUUAUAUUUUAUCAAUGUGUUCAGUAUUACUAACAGUUUUUAUAUUUAUACUUCUCAGAUACACUAGCAUUUUGGGGUCGUAUUUUAAUGCAUUUCAUAAGAUAUCUCUUAAAGAUACUGUAUUAGGAAAAUUUGAUACUGAUAUUGCAUUUAAUGAAUACUCAAAAGCAAUUCAAACACCCGAAUUUACUAAAGAAGAAUUUGUUUUUAUGGCUAAAUCUUAUUAUUGUAUUUCUAAAAUACCUAGAAAAGUUUUGGUAAAUUAUUUUUUAAAUGUCUAUAAUGAAUUCCUUUUAAAUUCAUCGAUAGUUAAAUCUCCUGAGAAAGUCAAAUUUCUUAUGCCCAUUUUGACUGAAACUUGGCAAGUAGCUUUUAAUUUUAUUUUUUCCAAUUUUAUUGCUAAAAUCUAUGCCAAUUUUGUCACAAAUAUAAUGAACAAGUUUAACACGCCUAGAAAUAGCAACGAUUUACUUAUGAUUAAAUUAUUGCAAAAAUAUAUUGGUACUUUAGAUACAAGUUUUAACAGUCUUUUAGAAGAUGAUUUAAAAAGCAAAUUAACUGAAAGGAAACUAAAAAAGGAAUCAUUAAUGUUAUCUUACAUUGAAGAGACACUAAUUGAGAUAAUUCCUAAAAGCAAAGAGUUUAAAUAA